AUGAAAAAAACAGAGGAAGGGGAAAAUAACCCCAAGAAGGGGAAAAGGGAAGAGGAGGAGAAAAAAGAUGAGGGAAGCCAUGAUGUUACGAAAAACAGAAAAGAAGAAAAGAGCGAUGCCAUCAUAAAUUAUGACCAACGUGAGGAGCACUUAAAAAUGCCCCCCUAUAAUAAUCACCAAGGCGAAGGCGAAAGUGAAUCUACGCGGAACAACCCACAGUUAGAGGCAUCCUUGAGUGAGGAGCGUCUUUCCAGGUACCGUUCUGUGCAUGGUGUCGACGAAGCGUACAGACAAACACAUAAGGUUAACUCCAAUUAUAAUAAAGGAGAAGAGGAAAAAAUAGAAGUACUCCCAAAGGAACCCCAUCAUGUGGUGGACAUGAACUGCGACGAUGUGCAUUCGAUUGUGGAUUAUUUGAUAUCCGUGGACAGGGAAAAAUUUAACGAGAAGUGCGCCGCCCAGGGUAGCAGCGAUGAUGACAAAUACGAUGACACACGUGAUGGCAGUUACGAUGAGGCCCAUGGUAGUGCCCAAGGAGAUGAUGGAAGGACUCCUUUCCCCGAGGACACUCCAGCUGUUGCCGACCCCCAGAACGUGUCACUCAAAAACAGCCAAAUGAACCACAUGGAUAAGUACGACAUAAAAUACAGGCACAUUUUAAAUUCAAUGGUGGACUACAUUUUUUCGCAUCCGGAUGUUAAUUUUUUGGAGUUGAUGAAUAAGAGGGAAAGGGACGAAGGGGGUAACAGAAUUGGGGGUAGGAGAAGACCGAUCAAAUGGUAUAAUCACUGGACACGUGAUGAUCCCUUCCACCCCGAUGACUUCGUCGCUAAACGUAUGAGAAAGACAAAAUACAUCUCCACCAGUGACAAUGUAUCCUCAUAUGGGUGUGAGCUAAGUUGGCAGAAAGGUCAACCAAGUGACAUUGCUGCAAAGAAUUUCAGAAGAGAAAUCGUCAGCAGGAUAGGUACAUCCCAUUAUGUGAGCACAUGUUCUAGGUACAAUUCCCAUCCGAAGGAACAUUCGAUUGUGGAAGAUCAAACGGAGAAGGCAAAAUCGGUGAAAACAUCCAACAAGCAAAUGAACAACACACAUAGAGUAGACAAUAUAAGGGCAAGGAUAGAGACACUUCAUAAAGGAAUAUUUUCCAGUCUUAAUAAGCUAAGGGGUAAUCACCGUGAAUGUACCGCGGGGGAAGAUCCUCAAGAAGAAAACAGAAAGGGUGAAAAUAUCCUAACGUUCCCAAACAGAACGGAUAGAAAUUUUGUUUCUACCGAUUUCAACUUGGUAGGUAAUCUCCCCCUGUAUAUUGCUCCCACUGAUUGGAAAAAUAGAGAAGUAUAUGUACAUGCUCCAUGCGAAAGGAAGAAAAGCGUAAUCAGAAGCAUGAAUAGAAUUAUGGGUGCCCUUUUACCUGAAGGAAGGAAGACUAUCCUGUCAUGUGUGAGCAUCCAUGAGGACAUGUAUGUUUGGAUUAAUGUCCGUUUCGUUGACUUCAGUUUUUCCCACGGGAACUUUACACAGUUGGGUGCAUACGGUCUGGACCCUCUACCAAGUGGACCAACCUCCAACUAUUACUCCUCCCGCUUGUACACUGGCAAAAAAAAUAGCAGAUGGAAAAUGAAUAAAGUCGACAAUGACAAGGUCGACAUGAUUAAUCAAAUGGAGAAAGUACAAUUUUUCUUUCACAUCAGGGAGUUCACAAGGCAACAGUAUAAAAUGAAUAUGCUUGGAGAAUAUCUCCAGGUGAAGGAGAUUACUGAGUCGAAUAGGCAUUUAGGAGGAGAUUUUUCCGGACGGGUCAGUUAUAACAACGCCCACUUCAAUCGUAGAGAGGUACACAUAAAGCGGUUCGAACUCCUCUACCAAUAUUACGUACAAUUUUUAAGGAGGUUCUACUUGGAGAGUGACGCUUCUAUGGAGGAAGCAACGUUGAUCCGGAUGAAGGGGCACAUGUACGGUUCGGAUAGAUGCGCCAAUGACUGUGUAGGUCAACAACAGGGGGGAGACCCUUCCUCGUUGGAAAUAUCACAUGUGGAAACCACAGAAGUAGUAUCUUCACGAGCGGAGUCGUCACAUAGGGGAUCUUCACAAUGUUAUCGCAGUGCUAAUCUUGCGAAGGAGAUGGCAGAUAGCCUCCCGGGGUGUCCUCCCUCCUACGCCAGAGACAACGCUGAUCAGGAGGUAAAUCCGAAGGUAAAUCUGAAGGUCUGUCCUCACCCCAAAGUCAGUGUCACCGACAGUGCCAGCGCGAACGCGCCGAUGAGUGCGAAGGAAAUUUCACAAGCGAGCCAGCUGAGGCUCCUUCACAGGUGUGCGAAGAAGAUAGGACGUUUUUUACGAAGGAGCAGAAUGCAUGAGCUGGAAAAGCGUCCCCUUAGGAAGAUGAGAAAAAUUGUAAAAUCCCUCUGCGGAGUGUGCGCCAUUCGGUACAGGUCAUUUCUCUCACAAGAGCUUUUAAGGCUUGUUCUUAAAUCAGCGGGAUCAGGGAAAAGUGUGAAGAGGGAAAGGCGACUAGAUCAAACAGAGAGGGAGGAGCUACCCCACCAGGCGAACCUUCCAUGCCCCGCACCUGAAAGGAGACCAGUAAAAAUAAUUCUCAAGAAGAACAUAAAAUUCUGCAAAGAUCCUUUACUGCAGAAGCACUUUAAAUUGGAUGACAGCCCUGAGAGGAAUGUCCAAAAUGAGGAAAUGGUUAAACAUACGGUGGAGAAUGUGACUAGGGAGGAUUCACCAAAUGGGCCAGUUGUGGAUCAUACUAUGGAGUCUACCACUACACCUCCUAGUGAGGUUCCUCCCCAUCCCGACAUCCUCAUCGAAGGGUUGAAGAAAUCAAACAUGAUAAAAAAAAAAACAGUUCAAGUGCAAACCGAAAAGACAAGGGAAAAAUGCUCAACGGAUGUAAAGAGAUCCGACAGGGGGAAGAAGAAAAGAACCCUCCCAGGAAAAAUAGAAAACGAUCAUGAUGUAACGAAGAAAAAGAAGAGGACGGAAUAUCCUCCCGGUGAAUACUUACCUGAAUCUGAUAUUAAAAUUGAAGAAGACGAUAAACAAAGAAAAGUAAUAAAGAACUGCACAUUCCGUAGUAAGUAUUUCCCAGAAAUCACAUCCGGGAAAGAGGAGCAACCAAAGUCCAGCAGGUUCGAUUGCAAAACACAUAGAAAGGAAUCCAAAGGAAGGUGCAUUUAUUAUGUAUACCUGAAGGGGCAGCUGGGUGUCUAUUUGAGUCCCCAAAUGAAAGUGAUUUAUGAGAAGCGCAAUUUAUUUUUUAAAGUCGACGAUAAGGAGGGGCAACGCUUGGACAUGCACUUCGACAUGCAUUUCGAUGAGGUUUUUUCUCGUAUAUUCUUCAGAAAAAUAUUGCCGACAUGUGUAGAGGAGAUGUGCGUUAGGAAGGUCUCCACAGGUUCCCCCCAAAGAAGGGGCGACAGCGAUGGAAGGGGGAGAAGCGGUAGUAUCCAUAGCAGCCGCAGCCGCUGCCGCAGCCGCAGUAGCAGUAGCAGUAGUAGUAGCUACGGGUGCUGCAAGGGACAACGCUUCUCCGGGGAGACCAACACCAAGAAGCGCAAAAAUAUGAUGGAACGCGCCACCAGUAAGGUCCAGAAGCUGAAGAGGGACCAAGUUGUUACUCUCUUUCAAAUUUUGUAUGAACCUUUUUAUAAAUGCUUUUCCAGGCUGAACGUGUGUUCCUUGUUGGGUACGUAUUGCAGUGACAGUUCUGUGUGUAACGAAGGGGAUCCCCAUCGCGAAGUGGAUAAAAAAGACGAAGCAGAGGAAUCGGGUGAACCUCGUGAAGCGCAAAACGAAUAUUACUACCACACCUUUUUGAGCAGAUUUUUCCCCUUGGGGGAAAAAAAAACUGUGGUGUGCGCGCCCCAAGACUUCUUCAAAUGCCUUAACAAAAAUUUCAUCCGAACAGUCAUUUAUCAUGUGAAUAAAACGCUGGGCGAUUUUUCAUUUAUUCAAAAAUUGUUCGAUGAAUAUGAACUUAUGGAACGGGUGUGUGCAGGCAAAAUGGCGAAAACGUUCUUGGAUUGCAGUGAUUAUGAGGUGACCUUUCGUGAGGAAGAUAGAUAUUAUAACGUCAUUAAGGAGCACUUCGUGAACGUCAUUGUCCCCUUUUGCGAGGAAAACAGCAGUUAG